AUGGCUCGGCCGCAGAAUUCGCCCAUCCUAGCACAGCUGCGGAACGCAAAGUCACUGCCCGAGCAGAGAGCAGCCCUGCAGGCUCUUAAGAAUGAAAUAGUCGGCCAUGUGCAGAAAAAGGAAGCAUGGAUCGGCCUUGGUGUCCUCGAACCCAUAGUCAGGACGCUGUCCUCCAGCCGGCCGCCUGAAAAGCUAAACGGGAAAGAUGCCAGUGUCCAGCUCUGGUCGCGGCCUCUGUCCGACGAGGACUCUAUCAAGCUCCAAGGUCUGCAGCUCAUCGCUAGCUUUGCCAACGGUGGACCCGCGUUUCUGCACCCUUUGCACGCAGCUCGUGUCGUACCGGCCGUUUUGGGCAACAUCUCGCCCUACACGAAUCCCCCUCAGGUUGUCGUAUCUUCCCUGAGAGCCCUCCUCGACAUCACUUCUGCCUCCGACAUGGCCGCUUCGCCGUCGGCUCUCGAUGUACAGAGCAUUGCCGACAAUGUCUUUACUUCCCAGCACAUUGCGUCGCUCAAUGCGGUGCUGUCCAUGGCAUCCCCGAAAUACAUCUUCCAAUCCCAGGUAUUUCUCGCAUCUACCUUGAUAGGUCGCCUGUGUCGACAAGACAGGCAUCAACAUGCCCUUACCAUGGGAGGUAUCUUAGACUCCUUAGCUGCGCAGCUGGCAAGGUUUGCAGUGGCCGAUGGCCUCGUCGUACCGGGUGCAGAAGAGCAUGCGUCUAGUGAUGGGCUUUAUGACUUGAUUCCCGAACCGGCCAAUCCGGGUGCCAAAAUUGGACCCAUUCUAGAGGCCGUCAGUUGCAUCAUUGGUAGCUCCAAAUACCGGGCGAACAGGCUGAUCUGCUCGCCGUCCAUCCUGGCAACUUUCCCAAGCAUCAAGUUUGAACCAUAUGAGGAUCCCCGGGAUUCGCAGCAGGCAGUGCCACCACGGCACGACGGAUUGACUGCCAUGGAAUUCAUUCUGCCGUCUCUCCCCAUCACAGCCUCGAGAACGCCGUCCGCUGCGCCAUCAUCUUUCCCCACGCCGGAUCGAUCCGACUCUAGGACUUCUAGCAGGACGUCACUGAGCAAGCUUGGUUCGUCUGUUGCCUGGGACUCGCCCCGAUUCCAAGCACUAGGAAAUACUGUCGACGUCUCCAGUGAGGACAUCGAGAGCCCAUUCAUCCCCUGGCUCAUCCACCUGGUGCGAUCAUUGAGUGACUACGAACGACUCAUGGCGGCCGCCGUUCUUGCGGCUCUUUUCAAGGCCGGGCUCGGUAGAAGGGGCGUCCGAGAGGCCAGCAUUGGCUUACUUGUGGUUCCCAUUCUGGUUGGCAUGAUCGCAAAGAAUGACAGGGACGGAGAUCAAGUCUCAGAUUCUCUGGAUACAAGACAGCUUCAAAUCUUGGAGAAGGCGCCGGCGAUCCUUGCCAGAACCAUUACAGACAGUGAAUAUCUACAAAAAGCCGCGAUUGACUGCGAUGCUGUCAAAGUUCUCACAAGGCUCCUAAAACGGGCAUAUCAGCCUGUAGAGAACGUGAAACACCCCAAGUACUGGUCGCCCAGUCCAGAUACAGGAAUGGAUGUCGAGAGCACCUCUCCUCUUGCGCAGCUCGGGGAUGGUGGCCAGAACCCCCUGCUUGUCCACCGGAUCCGCGUCCGUGAAUCUGCGCUGAAAGCCAUAGGCGCAUUGUCGGCUGGCAAGGAGGAUUACAGAAAGGCGCUCGUCGCAGAAGACUUUGUCCCGUUUGUAGUCGAGUCUCUUGGCGAGUUCCCCAGAAAGCCAAAGCAGGCAAAAGACAAGCCAGUCUCUGACAUGGGACGGACGGGGCCAACACCGGCGUACGGCACAAACCCGCAGUCCGUCCUCAUCGCUGGCUGCCACGUAGUGAGGACAUUGGCUCGGUCAGUUGGCAUCUUGCGAACAGCCCUGGUGGAUCACGCGGUCGCCAUGCCCGUAUUCCGCUUCAUGCGUCAUCCAGACAUCAAUGUCCAGAUUGCCGCCACGGCCACCAUCAUCAACCUUGUUGUGGAGGUCAGCCCAGUCCGAGAGGUUGGUUCCCCCCUUCCCUUGCCCAGUGAGGAACUUGGCGGGUCAUUCGGCGCUGACAAUGUUUUGGAAAAGCUCCUUACUGAAAGUGGAGUGAUGAAAGUACUGUGUGAACAUGCUCACUCCGACAACCACGCCCUCCGCUUAAAUGCUCUCUGGGCGUUGAAGCACUUGGUGGAUGCCGUGGGACCGGCUCUGAAAAAGGCAUGUCUUGAGCAACUUCAGCCGGGCUGGUUAAUGCAGUUGAUUUGCGACGACGACCGAGAGAACUGCUUCUUCCCUCCGACAUGCAAAGAACCGGCAACCGACGACCUGGACGAGGACAUGGACAUGCAGCAGUCAGACGAACGCCUGAGGUGGCUCUAUGGAACCAACGGGGCUAUACGAGAGCUGGACGCUUCUCGAUCGUCAAGGCUACGGCAGGUGGAGGACAGGCUGGCCUCUGUUCGCGAGGCAGAAGUCAACCCGGCAAGGAAGACAAGAAACGAGAGCUUGGCCAUGCAAGAACAGGGCCUAGAUUUUAUCAGGAACCUGAUUGGAAGACCGGAAUCGGACGGAUCAUCAGAGGUUCCCAGUGAAAGCACGGAGAUGAUUGAUCACUUGCUGAGGGAGCUCGGGCAAGCUCGACUGUUUGAGAUGUUGGCGUCAAAACUACGGUCAAAGGUUCUACAUCCGUUCUCGAGAAGAGCUCCCGUCGUCGGUGGUAGGGAGACGCGGGUGCUCCAUCCGCAAGCCAAGAUUAUCGUGGCGGUGAUAUGCAUUCUCGUGCACAUGGCUGCCAGCAUCCCUCGACACCGGCAGCUCGUCAUUGCGCAAACAGAGCUGCUCAAGCUGCUCGCCCAGCAGGCCAACAGCAAGGAUCGAAGCGUGCGAGCGUCGCUGUGUCACCUUGUCAUCAACCUCACCUGGCAGGAAGACGAAGGCGAGGCACAGGCCUGCUCGCAGCGAGCACAGGAGCUGAAGCGGCUCGGCUUCUACUCCAAGAUGGAGACGUUGAGGCAGCAGGACCGGGACCUGGACGUGCGUGAGAGGGCCAAGACGGCUGCGUGGCAAAUAGACCAGGUGACGUGCUGA